AUGUCUCCUUCUUGGCCACACACCCACUAUAUCCAUAGAAAGCUCUGCCAAGCUAUUGGGAUGGGGGGUGUGAGCGGGUCUACAGGUAAAUAUAGUUUGUAUUUUAUGCAAUAGCCAUGUGAUAUAUUUUUUUUUUUUUUAUUUAAAGAUAUUGGUUUGUUUAUUACAUACAUAGACCUGUUGCAAAUUAAAUCUAGAAAUAUAUUUGCACCUAGCAGACAUGUCAAUCUUUAGUUAGAGGCCUGGAUGACGGGAAGAUAACCCCCCUCUGUGCAUGGAGACACAGCUAAACAGUCCAGUUUUAUUUUAAAUAAUGCAGUUUACACCUUUUUAAUCCAAUUAAAGGACAUCUCAGUGAAAUGCUAAUUUUCACUAAAAGACAAAUUUAAAACUGGUUAAGGAAUCUGGUUGCUUGGCAGAGCAAUCAUAGACUUUGCUUAAUAUUUUACACGACCCCCUCCCAAAUCUAAAGGGAAUAAAUUAAUCAAAGUAUUCUCACUAGUUAGACUGUCACAUUCCCUCACCUGUCCACAGGUAUUCAGGUUUUGGCUCCCUGCUAUCCAAUACUACAAUAUGAACGCAAGGUAAGAUACUACCUGUAAUGAUUGAAGGAAUUCACAAAGGAGUAGACCUGAGAUAACAAUCUGAGUGAAUGUACUACACUAUUGUGAGUUUUAUAAUCUUUGGAGCUCUGUGACAUUAUAUACACUGCACAAUGCUGUGAAUUGGAAUGCUGUGAAAUUUUUUUUAUGGGAGCACAGAAUGUGAAGCCGGCCACUGGGGAGAAAUCACUAUGUUUCUGUUCCCAAUCUAACCAUUCUCUCUCCCCAUCCUGCAGGAACAAGCAAUGCCAGGAAUGAACCAGGCACUGCGGAAAACUGCAAACACUUACCAAAAAUAGCAGUUUCACUAAUGUAUAAAUGGUUGGAGGAUAACUGUGAAGACCCAUACCCAAAGGACAUUGAAAAAGCAGAAAUGAUAGAAAAAACAGGUCUAACCCGUAAGCAGGUAUGUAACCUGACCCCAUUCUAUACCUGGGAUGCCCUUAGACAACCUGAACCUUCUAUAUGAAUAGUAAUAUCAGUAAGAGAUUUAAUAGUAGACCAAUCACUAUGGAACACCGAUACUUCCAGAACUGAUCUUUAUACAUAACCUCAUUGUGUGCCAUCUGUAUUAAACUCGUACAUAUUGUAAAACAUAAGCUGGUCCAGUCAUGGCUUUAUUUUGGCACUGCAGUCUUUCCCAAAAUGCUCAUCUACAUUUUCUGUGCAUUAUGGGAAAUGUGUUCAACAACAACCACAGUGUCAAGUAUCAAAGCUCUACGUGUAUAUAGAAAAUGUCUAAGAAAACCAAUGAAAUUAGGACUUGGCAGAGAAGGGUUUACAUGUGUGAUUCUCUCAUCACGUGACAUUAAUAUUCUGCCCUGCUUGCAAAUGAACUGCUCCAGAGGAUAACUUCCAUUCAGCAUUAGUGUUCAUCCAAAAAUUAGACGCACAAUGUUUGUAUAGUGUUAAAAAAGACUGACUGGAUAUGCAGAAGGUUUUUAAGUAUCUUUAGUGACAUAAAUGAAGUGUGUGCGUGUGUACAAUGUGACUAGCCAAUGACUUCAGGUGGAAGGGACUUCCAUUUACAAUUUGUCCCCCACAUAUGCAUGUAGAUGUCUUACAAUGACUGACCCCUAUAUAAUCUGUUUGCAGAUAGAGGACUGGUUUAUCAACGCCAGACGGAGAGCUUUGCAUAAGAUGACGCCAUUCAUUCCAACAGCACUACUUUGA